AUUCCCAUGAGUGGAUGAAUCAAAGGUUUUAUCAAAAUAUGGUUUUGGUCAAAUUUCUAAACAGGCGCUUUCUUCGCUCUUGCAGUACCUUCCUAUUCCAGCAGAUGUCAGUAAAACUCCUUCACUCACAGCUGAGGUCAAGUCAAACUGCGUUAAAUCAAGUUAAAUUAACUUUAAACCAAAUAGUAAACCAGAGUGAUUAUGUUUCUGGGUGCGACUUUGCUACUAAAUUAUUAGUAGAAAAUUCAUUUUUCUACUACUGAGAAAGACGUGUGACCGGCGUCGCUUGUGCGCAUGCGUGAGCCAAUAUCCUGGGAUCGCUCCUCUUGACAUUUAUCGUCCUGGAAGGUAAGAAGACCACUGCGUCAGUUUCACGUUUAGUGGGAUUUUCAGUUGUUGGGGGCUCAGCGAAAAACUACGGAGGCCGGGAUGACUUCAUAAUAAAAGGAGCCUUCAGUCUUCAUGCAUCGCGUCUUUGUUUAUGGCUCCCUAAAGAGGGGCCAACCCAAUUACCCCUACAUGACAGACCGCAGUAAUGGAAAGGCCGAGUUCCUCGGUACGGCCGUCACCGUCCAGAAGUAUCCACUGGUUAUCGCUACCAAGUAUAACCUCGUCUUUCUCCUUAACCUUCCUGGACAAGGCAAGAGAGUCCAUGGGGAAAUCUACAAAGUGGACGAGAAGAUGCUGAAAUACCUGGACUGGUUCGAGAAGGUUCCCACCAUGUACCAGCGGACAGCAGUGGAGCUGGAAGUCAAGAUGGUAGACAAGAUGGCGGACAAAGAGGAGAAGCUGUCGCCUGGAAGCAUCAUGGAGGCCUUUGUGUACAGCACCACCACCUACGAGCCGGACUGGCCAUCACUGCCCACCUACGACAACUACGACUGCAACGGAGACCACGGACUAAAGUUUGUACUGAGGGAAGACAGGAAAUAGUGAUGCAGAUGAGUAAACUGCCUUUAGUGCCUUUAAACCACAGAGAGGAUCAAGAGUAGCAAAUGAGUAACGAAUCAAUAAUUAUGUUCUCUGUUAAAACCAGAUGAGGAAAUUUACUUGUUAAAAUACACUCAGUCUUACGUUUUUAUCCAAAAA